AUGGCAGAUGAACCAUUAGUUAAAGCACAGUGCCCGAUCAAAUCUUGCCUCUUCACAACUGACAUUUCACUCAUUCAUAAGAGUGACGUGAUUGUACUCCAUUUUGACACUCUGAAAGAUUUCCCGUUGAAUCGUCAAUCGCAUCAACGUUAUGUAUUUUAUCACUUUGAGUCCCCUAUUAAUACUGCAUUUGAUAUAAUGGAUAAUCCUCGAUUCCGUUACGAUUAUUUUAAUUGGACCAUGACGUAUCGAAGAGACUCAGACAUAUUUCUGCGCGAUUAUUAUGGUUCCCUUGUGGCUAAGACUUCAAUUCAUAACGAUACUCGUGCUGAAAGAUAUAAUUAUAAUUUAAAAUAUAUCAACGAUAGUUUGUAUAAAGAUCAAACUGUAAUAACAGAUGACAUGCCUGGAAUAGAAUUAAGUCAAAGGCAAUUUGAUUUGACAGCACUUAUUAAAGGAAAAACAAAAAUGAUAACAUGGUUUGUUGGCCACUGUUCCACACCCAUUCGACGAGAAGAGUACGUCCAUCAACUGAGUCAGUAUGUGUCCAUCGAUGUCUACGGUGAUUGCACAAGAAAAUGUCCAUCCCAAUGCGAUGAGAUGUUGCGUAGUCAUUAUAAAUUCUACUUAGCAUUUGAAAAUUCUUGGUGUCCAGACUACGUUACAGAAAAAUUUAUCCGCCCAUAUUUAUAUGAAGCUAUACCUAUCCUUCUUGGUGGUGCCGAUUACAGUAAAUUUGCUCCACCAAAUUCUUACAUUAACGCUCGGGACUUUGACUCCCCGAAACAACUUGCUGAAUAUCUGCUAUUGUUAGACCAAUCAGAUUCACUUUACGCUAGCUAUUUUUCUUGGAAAAAAGAUUAUUAUGUUUCCGUUCCUGACAUGUUUGGAUGGUGUGAGUUAUGCCGCAUGAGUCACGACAAUAAUCUUCCAUCAAAAGUUUAUCCGGAUAUAAAAAAAUGGUGGAUGUCCGACGCAGGGGAAUGUGAACCUGAUUCAACCAAAUAUUUCUAA